AUCAAUGAUAAAUGUUCUUAUGAUUCGAAUUUCAUCAAUAAUUCGAGCAAUAGUGAAAUUGAAAAUCAUAACAACAGUAGCAAUAAUGAUAAUUCUGAAUCACCAUCAUCAUUGAUGAUUAGUGAUUCUGAAUGUGAACCUAAACAUUACCCUCAUCAUGUUAUCGGUGAUAAUGGUGGUGGUGACAAUAUCGAUGAUAACGACGAUGUCGAUGUUGAUGAAGAGGAAGCAGAUGAUGAUGAAGAAGAAGAUAAUGUCGUCGACAUGGUCACUGUUGAUGGAAAUGUAGAAUCACAACAAAAACAGCAACAACAACAACAACAGAAUCAAAAAAGAAAAUUUUCCAAUUCAUUUUAUACAGCUAUGAACGAAGUUUUGAAUGAUCCUAUCAGUUCGGAUGAAGUAAAAUUUGGUUUACUUUAUACAAAAAUUUUAGCCGUUUUAUCAAAUCAUCAACAACAUCCAAAUAAUAAUAAUCGAUUAGAUUCAAUACCGGUUAAUGAAAUUAAUUUCAUAACAGAUAAUAUUCUUAAAUUGUUGAUUACUGAAGAUUUACAACGAAUACGAAAACCAGAAACAUUACGGAUAUUUUUCUGUGAUUAUUUGGAAAUGUUACCAUCAAAAGUUGUAGCAGAAAUUCUUAGUGUUAUUAUUGCUGUAUUGAAAAAAUCAUUACUUAAUUUGGAAUAUUCAAAAGAUCUACUGCUAAUUGCUAUAACGCAAACAUUCAAUCUUGAUAAUCUGAUCAAACAUUUUAUUCGUGAAAUUAUCAACCUGCAAACCACAUAUAGUUGUAAUGUAAAAGAAUUAUUAGCAAUUUUGAAACUAAGUGAAGAAGAUCCCCGGCUAUUACAUUAUAUCCGAGCGGCCAAUCUACAACAGCGUAAUCGUCCUACAGCAUUUUUUGCAUUUCCUGGAUCCAAUGGUUCAGUAUUAGCAUUACCACCAUUUCAAAAAUGGCCACAACAAAAUGGUUGGACAUUUUUAACAUGGUUUCGUAUUGAAUCGAAUCAAAUCAAUUCACAGCCUUAUUUAUAUUAUUUUCGUACAAGUAAAUCUGGUGUUGGUUAUUCAGCACAUUUUACCGGCAAUUGCCUAGUGUUAACAUCAAUGAAAAUUAAAGGAAAAGGAUUUCAACAUUGUAUCCCUUAUGAAUUUCAAUCACAAAAAUGGUAUCAUUGUGCUAUUACUUAUCUAACAAAAUGGCGUAGUGCUGAAAUGAAAGUCUAUGUCAAUGGCCAAUUGACAGCUAAUACUGAAAUGGCAUGGCAAGUGCAAACAAACGAUCAUUUUGAUAAAUGUUUUAUUGGUGGUACACCUGAUUUGAAUGAUACUUAUUUGUUUUCCGGCCAAAUUGCAUCGAUUUAUUUAUUUAAUGAAGCGCUGAAUCCUAGCCAAAUUUGUUCGAUUCAUCGUUUGGGACCAUCUUAUAUUGGUCAAUUUAGACAUUCCAAUGAAAGUCAAAUGGAGCUGCCCGCAGGUAUCCGUCGUGUACUUUAUGAAGAAAAAUUAAGCUCUUCAAUAUUUUGCCUAUAUACACCGGUUGCUGUUGAAAGUGAUACACUUUGUCUGCAAUGUUUACCGAAAAAUAAUUGUUCAUAUUUUAUAUCAUCACCACAUGCUGCAUUGAUUGGACAGGCAAAAUCCAUUCAAACACAUUCCAUAAGUUCAACAUUGCAAUCAAUUGGUGGUAUUAGUGCUCUGCUUCCAUUAUUAUAUAAAUUUGCACAAAAAAAUGAUUCCGAUGCAUGUUCAACGCUAAUUGGUUUCACUUGUGAUUUAUUGGAAUUUUCACCACAAUGGUUCGGUAAUGAAAUGAUACAAUCACAUGGUUUUGUUACAAUUGCAUCAAUUCUGUCGAAAAAUGCCCGGCUAUUAAUCAAUAAUGAUACGCUGGAUGUAUUAUUAAAUCUAACAAAAACAUUGAUCAGUACAUCAAAUAAUAAUGAUGUAUUAAUUUUGAAACAAAUUUUGGAUAAUAUUCUAUUCAAUGCAUCACUUUGGAUUUAUGUUGAUGCCAAAAUCCAAAUGAAACUUUAUUGUUAUCUUUCCAAUGAAUUUUUAAAUGGAGCUUGUUCAACAACAAGUGGUAAUCAGAUGAUUAAUUCCAAUACAAAUCCGGCCCUACAACAAUUGAAUCAAUCAAAUCAAUCGCAAAUGCUUCUCAAUGGUAUAAUAUUCAAUGAAGUUCGUCGUAUAUCAACCGUUCUACAAUUAUUACAUUCAUUAAAAUAUUAUUAUUGGUUAAUGGAGGAAAAAUCGUAUAAUGUUAAAGCACAAGAUUUCAAACAAAGACCUAACCAGGAAGAAUUGGAAACAAUUCGUUCAUAUAUUCUAUUAUUCAUUAAACAACUGAUUAUCAAAGGUAAUGGUAUACAUUUGGAUGAAUUACAAGCAAUAUUGAAUUAUUUGGUUACCGUCAAUCAAGAUUUAAAUAUUAUUGAUGUCCUUCAAAUGCUUCAAUCAUUAAUGUGUGAACAUCCUGCAUCGCUGAUUCCAGCAUUCGAUGCUAAACAUGGUGUUCAAACCAUUUUCAAAUUGCUCAAUUCCACCAAUGAAGAGAUAAGAAUUCAAGCGUUAAAACUUCUUGGUUAUUUUCUUAGUCGCAGUACACCAAAACGUAAACAAGAUGUUAUGGGACCAAAUAAUUUAUACAUGUUACUUUGUGAACAUCUGAUACGUUUUACACCAUUAACAUUGAAUACUUAUAAUGCUUUAUUUGAAAUAUUAACUGAAACAUCAAUCGAAUCAAUACGGUUGACUAGUUCAUCAUGUAAUUCAAUGUUAAAAAUUGAAAAUUCAAUGAUUUUGAAAGUUAUUGCAACAUUAUUGAUCGAAGGCAAACAAUCACAACAACAACAACAAGAUUCGUCCGAAGAUAGAUCAUCAUGUGGUGGUGGUAAUAAUAUUAAAGAAAUUUUCAUCAAUGAUUUAUGGUCAUUAUUGAUUAAUAAUCGUGAAAAUCGUCGAUUCGUUCUGCAAAUGUCUGUAUGGCAAAAUUGGUUAAUCAAUUUAAUUGAUAAUAUAAAAAAUGAAUUGAUUACAAAUCAAAUUCUAGCAAUAUUUCGUAUAUUACUUUAUCAUGCAAUCAAAUAUGAAUAUGGUGGUUGGCGUGUUUGGAUCGAUACUUUGGCCAUUAUACAUGCCAAAAUAUCAUAUGAUGAUUUUUGUGAACAAUUUGGUAAAAGUUCACGAUCCUCAACUUCAGCAUCAACAUCUUAUUCAACAAAUAAUCAUCCGUCCAUUAUAAUGAAAAAUAUGAUGAUGAUGAAUAAUAAAAAUUUGGAAAAUAUUAAAGCAUCAUUACAGGUGUCUUCAACAAAAACUCAUCCCAUAAUGAAUGCAAAUAAUGAUGCUGUUGAUGAUGAUACCAUUGUGUCUGAUGGUCAACAAGAUUCCAAAAUUCAAGAAACGAAUGCAGCGGAAAAUGUUAAUCAUAAUGAUGAAUCGGAUAAUAAUGAAUCACAUCCCGUUCCUGCAGCUGCUAUUUGUACAAUUAGUUCGAUUGAAAAUGAAUCGUCGACAAAUAAUAAUUUACCGUCAAACAACAAAAGUGUUGUCGAAGAAGAUAAUGAAAAUACUGAUAAUGAUGAAAAACAACAAACUACUAGUGCACCAUCUAAUGAUUCCGUUGAUGUAGCACCAUCAAGAAAAUUUCGUAAUACCGAAAUUCCGAAACGACCUGAUAUUGUCGAUAAAAAUGAUGAACAAUCAACAAUCGAUUUAAAUAAAAUAAAAAUAUCAGCUACACCAGCAUUUCGUAUACCAGAAUUUCGUUGGAGUAAUUUACAUCUGAAACUUUUGAAUGAUUUACUUUAUUCAAUUGAAAUUGAUUUACAAACAUGGCGUAAUCAAAGUGUUGAAUUUAAAUUAGAUUCAUCCGCAUCAUUGACAAAAACAACACAAAUUGAUCAAGUUUUACAAAAUAAUGAUAAUCAAAUCUAUAUUGUCAAUACAAUACAUUUAAUAUCACAACUUUGUGAUAAUGUUAUUAUUGCUUCGGGUGGUCUGCUUCCAUUAUUGGCAUCAGCAACUGGCGGUGGUGGUGGUGGUGGGGGUAAUGGUGGCAAUGCAACCGGUAUUAAUCCAUCAAUCAGCAAUGAAGGUUUUACACAAUCACAGGCAAAUUUCCUCCUAUAUAAAUUGGCCAAUUUGAUUGAUGUUUUGUGUUUUGUUGCAACACAUGUAAAUUUCAAUGAAUUGGAAGCGGAAAAAAAUAUGGCUGCCGGUGGUAUCCUACGACAAUGUUUACGUAUUGUUUGUACGAUUGCUGUUAAAAAUUGUCUACUUAUUCAACGACAUGAAAAUUCUUUGACAAAUUCUUCUGCUGCUUCGGUUAAUGAUUCUUCUAUUGAUUUUGAAUUAAUAUCACCAAAUGAAUAUCUUUAUAAAGGAAUUAGUAUUGUUUCAUCGGCUGAAUUAUUUAAUGUUGAUUUUAACCCUGCGCAUUCCGAUCUGAUUCAUUGUAAAACAACUGAUAUGGAUAUUGAUAAUUUACAUUAUCAUCUAAUAACACCGAUUAAAGAUCCAAAUUCAUUGCUACAAGAAAUGGAUAUUAAUCGACUAAGAGCUUGUAUUUAUCGUGAUGCUGAUUCCGAUCCACGUCAAUCACAAUUUCUAGCAUUAGCUACAUUAUAUUUUAUAUCAGUUCUUAUGGUAUCCAAAUAUCGUGAUAUUAUUGAACCGAAAAAUAAUGUUGUUGGUGGUGGUGAUAAAUCGAUCAACAAUAAACAACAACGACAAUCGAAUGAAGUGGAUAUUCAAACAAAUAAUUCAAACAAAGAAUCAGAUCAACAAACAUCGAUUGAAUCGAUUGAAAUAACCAAAACGACAAAAAUUACCGAAAAAUUAACCAAUAAAUUAGAACAAACAUUAUCAUCAAUAUGUCCAUUAUUAAGGGAAAUUAUUUGUGAUUUUUCAUCAUUUUUAUCGAAAACUCUGCUUGGAUCACAUGGUCAAGAAUUGAUUACAAAAGAAACUAUUCGUACAUUUAAACGUCAAGAUGCUAGUCCGGUCGAACUAGUGAUGCUAUUGUGUUCACAAGAAUGGCAAAAUACAUUACAAAAAAAUGCCGGAUUAGCAUUUAUUGAAUUAAUCAAUGAAGGCCGAUUAUUAUCGCAUGCAAUGAAAGAUCAUAUUGUACGAGUGGCAAUGGAAGCGGAAUUUAUUCUAAAUCGAUUACGUGCCGAUGAUGUUUCCAAACAUGAUGCAUUUACACAAUCUUGUAUUGAGACAAAUAAUUCCCGGUUACAAGAGGAAAAUAUUAUAAAUUCAUUGAUUAUAUCGGCAAAACGUCGUGAUUGGAUGAUAUUCACUCGAUUUAAAGAAUCAAUCAAACAAGAAGAAAGAAAAUAUUUUAAAUUAGAUUCAUGGGAAGAUGAUUGUCGUAGACGUCGUCGUUUUAUUUAUGAUUCAUUGGGUGAAUUUAUUAAUUUGAAAUUAAAAUCAAUCAAUGUUGUUGCAAGUGGAAUUGUACAACACGAAACGAUCAAUGAGAAUCACCAUGACCAUCAUAAUGACCAUGAUAAUGAUACACAUAAAUCAUUAUCAUCACCAAUUGUACCACCACGAUCUUUAAUCACAAAUUCGGCCAUUGAUGAUGAAGAUAAUGAUUCAUAUCUAUGGGAUAUGAAUACUGAUGAUAAUAUUGGUGAUACAGAAACAUCCACAACAUCAACAUCAACAACAACUGUUGAAUUUAGUAGUUCAGUCCUGUUCAGUGUUGAAUGUUGUUUAAUAUGGGCAAUCUAUACUAUAGAAGGAGUGCUGCAAAUUACAUCGAAUGAAAUUUUCUUUGAACCAAACAAUAAUAAUGAUAUUGAUUUGAUUAAAUUUCAUAAUCAUCAAAAUCACCAAAAUGAUAAACGUAAACAAACAAACGAUUCAUCAUUUUGUUAUGAUUCAUUUCGUGGUCUUUCGGGUAUCGGACCAAAAGGUGUAAAAGAAUUUAAAGAUUGGGAUUUGGUUGCAUUACAAUAUUGUGACCUAUUGACUUAUAAUUGUAAAGUAUCAUUUCCGGAUAUUCGUGCAAUUUUUACUCGAAGAUAUCUGCUGCAACCAAAUGCAUUGGAAAUAUUUCUUGCACAACGUACAUCAAUAAUGUUUGCUUUUUCGGAUUAUGAAACCGUGAAAAAAGUUGUACGUUAUUUACCGGCUGUUGGUGUUGGUGUUAAAUAUGGUAUACCACAAUCAAGACGUGGAUCGCUAAUGACACCCAAACAAUUAUUUGCAUCAUCAAAUAUGACACAACGUUGGCAAAAACGUGAAAUAUCUAAUUUUGAAUACCUGAUGUUUUUGAAUACAAUCGCUGGUAGAUCAUAUCAAGAUCUAAAUCAAUAUCCAAUAUUUCCAUGGAUUUUAACCAAUUAUGAAAGUAAAGAUCUGGAUCUUUCACAACCAACAAACUUUCGUGAUCUUUCUAAACCUAUCGGAGCUUUGAAUUCUGAACGUAGAGAAGAAUUUAUUGAACGUUUUAAUCAAUGGGAUAAUAAUCAGGUACCAGCAUUUCAUUAUGGUACACAUUAUUCAACAGCUGCUUUUACCUUGAGUUGGUUGAUACGGAUUCAACCAUUUUUUUCAAUUUAUUUAUCAAUUCAAGAUGGCUUGUUGGAAGAUCGUAGUCGUUUAUUUACAUCGAUUCGUGAUUCAUGGGUAUCAUCUUUGAUGGGUGGUCAACAAAAUGUUAAAGAACUGAUUCCGGAAUUUUUUUUCCUACCCGAAAUAUUUCAUCGAAAUAAUUUAUUGAAAAAUGUUAAACUUCCACCAUGGGCUGAUACACCGGAAAGUUUUAUUCGUUUGCAUCGAAUGGCAUUGGAAUCCGACCUGGUUUCUUGUCAAUUACAUCAAUGGAUUGAUUUAAUUUUUGGUUAUAAACAGCGUGGACCUGAAGCAGUUCGUGCUGUAAAUGUUUUCUAUUAUCUAACCUAUGAAGGUAAUAUUGAUCUAUCAUCGAUCGGAGAUCAAUCGAUUAGAGAAGCUAUUGAAACACAGAUACGUCAUUUUGGUCAAACACCAUCACAAUUAACAACAGAUCCACAUCCACCUAGAUCCAGUGCUUUGCAUGUAUCACCAUUAAUGUUUACAUCAAGUUUGGAUGAAUUAUGUGCAAAUCUUAAAUUUCCAUUCAAUUCACCAAUCGUACAUGUUGCACCUUGUACUGGCAGUCUUCAAUCAAAUCAAACUUCAGUGAUUGUAACAAUUAAUCAACAUCAACAAUAUUUCCUUCAUAAAUGGAAUUCAAAAGAUUCAACAAAUCCAUUGAUAAUGGAUUCAAAUCUUCAAUCCAAUAAUAGUACAACGGCAAAACGUCAAUUAAUGGAUACUAAUGAUCUUUGUUGUUCAAAUCGUUGUAACUAUGUUGUGACAAUGGAUGCAAAAUAUAUUAUUCUAUGUCCAUUCUAUGAUAAUUCUUUCCGGGUUUAUUCUACUGAAACUGGACGUAUUACACAAAUUGUUUAUGGUCAUAAAAGUGUUGUGACUUGUAUUGCUCGCAGUGAAUGUAAUAUUGUAUCCGAUUUUUAUGUUUGCAGUGGUAGUCAAGAUUGUUCGGUACUAUUGUGGACAUGGAAUGCUAAAUAUUCACAAAUCGAAGGAAAUGGUUGUUUUCAUUCAUCAAAUCCAUUGCCUAAAUUAACACUGUGUGGACAUCAAUCACCGAUAACAUCAUUACUGAUUUCAGCAGAAUUAGGAAUAAUUGUUAGUUCAAGUUUGAAUAAAAUUCUCAUACAUACUACAACACAAGGUGAAUGCAUUUCGGAAAUUGAUUUUCGUUAUCGGCAUUCGAUUGGAACAAAAGAUUUAAGUUAUGGUGAUAUUAAUGAAACUGAUCUUAGGAAAUUAGCAGAUGCAAACAUCGAAGCAAGUAUGUUGGGCAGAAAAGGAUUCGAAAAAUUAAAAUCACCACAAAAAAAUGAUAAUCAACUACAAUCGAAUGAAAAUUUGGAUGAAAAUCAUCAACAAAAAUCGAACAAUAAAAUAAACAACAAAGAACAACAAUCAUUAAUGGAUGAUAAUGAUUAUAUUAUAACCAAUUUGAAUAUAUCACGCGAAUUGGGCUUUAUUAUUGGUAUUGCAAGUUCGGAUUAUAAUAAUAGUAGCCGAAAAAACAAAUUAUCCAAACGACAAUCACAACAACUGCAACAACAUAAAUCCUAUCUAUUUUCCUAUAAUCUGAAAGGUCUAUUGAUUAAAUCAAUGGAGAUCCACAGUAAUGCUGCAAAAGAUAAAGAUAAUUGUAUUCUACAAACAACGCGUGAUGGUGAAUAUAUUAUCUUUACCGAGAAUGGUAAUACUAUCAAAAUAUUACGUACAUUUGAUUUGAUACCAUUAUAUGCAUUCAAUACGGAUUCAUCAUCCGCAACAACAACAAUUAAUGAUCAACAGUUACAGCCAACUGAAAAGAUACGUUCAUUAAGUUUGGUGGAUUUUAAAUAUAUUCUGGUUGGUAUGGAAAAUGGAAAACUAUUGGUUUAUAAUAUUGAUUUUAAUCGAUGGAAUCAUGAAUAUAAUAAUCGUUUUUAAUUUGAAACAAUUAGUGCCUCCUAAAUCAUCAUCACAUCGACGAUUUCUAUUCAUUCUCUUCGUUCUCUAGUCGUUGUCUCUUCCUUUGCAAUUCAUUUCAACAACAACAACAAACUAAUGUAUA